AUGGACUAUGGCUACUUUUUUCCCGCACAACGUAUUGAAGAAACAAAUGGUGUGGAUUUUUGGAUAGACAGUAAUGCUGAAUUUACACAGUCUAAAAGACCUGACUCUUCAACAUCCACUCUUUCGAGGGUUUUAACGGACACCACGAAUGUAUCCAAUAAUAGUGGAUCACUCAAAAGAAAAACCAUCAAGAACAAAAUAUUCCCACAAAGGAAAAUAUUCAACGAUAGCGAAAAUUUUGACUUUGGUAAAGCCAACACUGAUUGUAAGCAUGUGUUUAAAAGUAUUUCUAAGCAACUGAUUUUUCUUCCAAGGUGUUUCCAACAUCACAGUAUCCGAGGCUGGAUGAAAGACAGAUACUCCGAAUUUGGUUAUAAAAUAAAAAGAAAUCAAAAUUGUCCCCCCUCAGCAUGUGUACAGGCACUAUACAAUACUAGUAGAUCCAAUACCGAAGAGUCAAACCCCAACAGUCUGGAUUCUCUGAUAAUGUAUAAAUACAUGCGAUACUCUGAAAAGAAAAAGGAAUUGAUGUGCAGAUUUUGCCAGGGGAAUAAUUGGAUUCUAGCUGAAAACUACCUAAAACAUUUAUUCUUUGCGCACGGCAUUUUGUCUGAAUUUAAGCCUCACACUUUAUACCAUUUCGAGUCUAAGCUGUUAAAAAUCCAGGGAAAACUUAAUUUCAAAAUUCAAGUAUUAAAAGAGCCAGAGUUUAGCAAAAAAAUUUUGAACUCUCUUACUGUAUCCAUCAUUCCCUCUCCUUUGGCCUACUACACUCAAACGUUGAACGGGGGAUUUAGGAGAAUCCAUGUGAAAUGCCCCCACUGCGAAAAUUGGAUCCGUUUGGGUUGGUGUGAAUACGAUGAAAUCAUUAGGGAUUCCUUUCAGGAUUUCGAGUCUCUAAGAAACCUCAAUGCUGAUUAUAAUGGGAUGUCGUAUAUUCAAACACGCAAUAGAGAAGACAUUGAAGGUAUAUACGAGAAUUAUUUUACACACUACAUCCAAUGCGACUUAGCCACGUUCCGAACGAAAUGUUUAUAUGUCCAAGUUAUAACAAAAAGCAAUUGA